GGCUCUUCCGGUGUUGUGGAGGCGGUUCCGGUUCGCGGCGGUUCCCGAGUUUUGCGUUCCGCGCCCGGCCGGAAACCCCUUCGCUUAGCAGCCGGUUCCGGUUCGGUGAGUGGCGGCGGGAAGCUGGGGGAGGGGUGAGGAUGGAGGGAGCCUGGGCCAGGAGGCAGCGCCGGGCCGGGCCGGGCCUGGACCAGGCUGGGCGGGCGCGGGAACGGCCGUGGGGACGGCGCUCUCCCUCUGCCCCGCCCCCUGGGACCACCUCCCCUCCCCCUGCGGUCCGCCGGCCGCCGUCCGGCCGGGCGCCGGGAGUCGGGCCUCCCGAGGCCGUCACUCAGUCCCCCUCCUCCCGGGCGGGGAGAGGCAGCUCCCUGGCCCCUCGCAGGCCCGCCUCGGCGUCCGGUGCUCCUUGUGGGGAAAGCCGUUUGGGAUUUCGGGGCUUUCCCGCCAGCGCGGGGUCUUCUCUCCGGGGAAAGCUGUUUUCGCCGGGAAGCUCGGCUUCCUGUUGCACCUGCUUCACCUCCCGCUUCCUUUGAGAAUGACUGGUAUUUCUCGGCUGCUUCUGCGUCUCACGUAAACAUUUCUCCAACUCUCUCACUCGGUGGUAUUUCCCUGACAUGUGAUACAUCGCUAGUGCCACCACCAGAAAGAAACGGCUGGACCCUUCUGCCCAGAUGAGACCACUCGUUUAAGAAAAUUUUGUCCUUUUAGCAGAUGAAAGAAUAAAGCUCCAAUUUUAUGACUUUGUAUCUUUGCUAAAGUCAGUGAUGUGAAAAGACCUGACAUGGAUGAUAUUGCUGAUAGGAUGAGGAUGGAUGCUGGAGAACUAACAUUCGUGAACCACAAUUCCAUUUUCAAAACCCAUCUCCUGUCACAGACAGGUUUUCCAGAGGACCAGCUUUCAUUUUCUGACCAUCAGAUUUUACCUUCAAGGCAAGAAAAUUUGGAUCGAUCUUUUACAUGUUCUAUGAGAAGUGCAUCUUAUAACCCAAAUUAUUAUUCAGACAAACCUUCCUCAGACAGUUUUGGCUUGGGAGACUUAAGAACAUUUGGCCAGAGUGCAAAUGGCCAGUGGAGAAAUUCCACUCCAGCAUCAGGUUCAACUUUACAAAAAUCAAGAAACAGUCGAAGUCUUUACCUCGAAAUCCGAAAGACCUCAAGUGGAUUAUCAAACACUUUUACAGGGAAGUCAAACCAUCACUGCCAUGUGUCUGCAUAUGAAAAAUCUUUUCCUGUUAAGCCUGUUCCAAGUCCAUCUUGGAGUGGUUCAUGCCGUCGAAAUCUUUUGAGCCCCAAGAAAACUCAGCGGCGACAUGUUAGUACAGCAGAAGAGACGGUCCAAGAAGAAGAAAGAGAGAUUUAUAGACAACUGCUACAGAUGGUCACAGGGAAGCAGUUUUCUGUAGCCAAACCCACUACACAUUUUCCUUUACAUCUGUCUCGAUGUCUUAGUUCCAAUAAGAAUCCUUUGGAAGACCCACUGUUUAAAAAUGGCACCUCUUGUGCAGCUCCAAUUGUUGGGUCUGAUACUUCGUCAUCUGGAUCUGCCAGCAUCUUGACUACCCAGGACCAGCUGUCCCACAGUGUGUGCUCCUUGUCUUCUUAUGCUCCAGAUGUCGUGGCCUUUGGACCCAGAGAUUCUGAUCCCCUCCACCAAGCUCAGCAUCAUCAAACACUUCCACAUCAGCCAGAUAACUUAUCAGUUUCAAAUACGCACUCUGAAGGAUCAGACUCUGUGAUUUUACUCAAAGUGAAAGAUUCCCAAACUCCAACUCCCAGUCCUGCUUUUUUCCAGGCAGAGCUUUGGAUCAAAGAAUUAACUAGUGUUUAUGAUUCUCGAGCCCGGGAAAGAUUGCGCCAGAUUGAAGAGCAGAAAGCAUUGGCAUUACAGCUUCAAAACCAGAGAUUACAGGAACAGGAACAUACUGUCCAUGACUCAGUAGAACUGCAUCUUCGCGUACCUCUUGAAAAGGAGGUCCCUGUCACUAUCUCCCAGCAAACAGAAAAAAAAAGUCGUGAAUUAACUAACAGUGAAGAUGAAUUUCCGGAAAUCACAGAGGAAAUGGAGAAAGAAAUUAAGAAUGUAUUUCGCAGUGGGAACCAGGAUGAAGUUCUGAGUGAAGCAUUCCGCUUGACCAUUACUCGCAAAGAUAUUCAGACUCUAAACCACCUGAACUGGCUCAAUGAUGAGAUCAUCAAUUUCUAUAUGAAUAUGUUGAUGGAGCGAAGUAAAGAGAAAGGAUUGCCAAGUGUGCAUGCGUUUAAUACCUUUUUUUUCACUAAGUUAAAAACGGCUGGUUAUCAGGCAGUGAAACGUUGGACAAAGAAAGUGGAUGUAUUUUCUGUUGACAUUCUUUUGGUGCCCAUUCACCUAGGAGUGCACUGGUGUCUUGCUGUUGUGGACUUCAGAAAGAAGAAUAUUACCUAUUAUGACUCUAUGGGUGGGAUAAACAAUGAGGCCUGCAGGAUCCUUUUGCAAUACUUGAAGCAAGAAAGCAUUGACAAGAAAAGAAAAGAGUUUGACACCAAUGGCUGGCAGCUCUUCAGCAAGAGAAGCCAGGAAAUCCCACAGCAGAUGAAUGGAAGUGACUGUGGCAUGUUUGCCUGCAAAUAUGCUGACUGCAUUACCAAAGACAGACCCAUCAGCUUCACACAGCAACACAUGCCAUAUUUCCGGAAGCGGAUGGUCUGGGAGAUCCUCCACCGGAGGCUUCUGUGAGGACUGUCUCAGUCGGCAGCCACUGACCAUGGGGACCAGCUCAGAACAGCCGCUCUCGCCCUCUGUCUUGUGCAGCCCUCGGUUCAGGACCAGGCCCGGUGACACGCGUUCACAAGCACACCUGCCUUUCCUUUUGUAUCUCAGAUACUAUUUUUGCAAAGAAACUUUGGUGCUGUGAAAGGGGUGAGGGACAUCCCUAAGCUGAAGAGAGACUGUUUUUCAUGUCUUCAGCUCUGCCCUCUUGUUUUCAAAGGACUCCUGCCUCACUCAGUUCUUGUUGGGGGCUGAGAGUCUUGGUCUUCUGUGAGCUCUUGUUGCUAGGCCUUACUGAGAGGAAGGGGCGUGGGCAAAGGGUGGGGAUGAAAACCACCAGCACAUGCACGCACACAUAUACACACAGGACUUUCAAGAUGUGUCAUCAGGAGGGUGCCUGUAUACUGGACUUCGAGGCACCUGUGUAAGUCCCUACUCCAGGCCUUUUCCUAUUUAUAUGCCCCUCUGUGAAAUCCGUCUGCUUCCAUGCAAGGCUGUUCUAUCAUGUGUAGCUUCCUCCCACCCUGAAGCACAUCACCCGAGCCCUGGGUGGACCCCAAUGCCCCGAGCAGUCCUUUCCUUAAAAGCAGGGGUUUGCAUGUGCUUACAGUACGUGCUGUGGGGGAGGCCCACCUAGGGGGAGGUGCAGCAGAGCGACAGGCACCACUUUCAUUGCUGCCACCUCCUGCCCAAGAAGAAGGCCCGCAGUCUUCAGCAUAGAAUUCCAGCAUUGAUGAAUGCGGAUCUAGCUUGACCUGUGGCUAGUUCAGAUGUGUUUCUAACCACAGAGAAUUUAAUAUAUAUAUUUCACAGGGAUGUGCUUUUUUUUAAAGGCUGAAUAUGUUCACCAUUUUAGCCUGUACAUUUAUUUCCAUUUUCCACAUUUAGCUCCAGCACGCCCAGCUCCCAGCCCCUGUGUAGGGUGUUUGUGGACUUCUAACAAUAUUUUGAGGGCUGGAUGAACUUUGGCUUAGGGGUAAUGGUUACAGAGGGAGGCGAGAUUUUCAAUUAGAAAACGGGUGGAAUCUGUACGGUCAACUUAGAUUAAAAGCCACUGUUCCUGUCAUUCUUUGUAGCCUCCUACCCUCGGUGCCCCCCAGGCCAGGUAGUGACAUGGUCCAGUGCCAGUGUUAUUUUGUACUGAAGCACCAAAAUAGGAACAUUUUAUACCUUUUUCUGUAUAGUAACAGGUAGUUUUGUAUGAAAUCUUUUUUCCUCUCCCCUUGUGCCCCAUCCUUUCCAACAUUGUGCUUUCUCCCUGGGCUUAUUUGAAAAAUUUACUCUGUUUUAUACCAAGCUUGUUUAGUACAUUUUUCUAUGUUUUACCACAGGUUACAAUUUGAAAAGAAAACUAUUUUUUUUAACUAUUCCAUUGUCAACUGAAUGUUACUAUUUCCACUUCAGCAACUAAAUGUCCUGUCGUUUUCAUGACUGCCUGCCUGCCUUUUGGGGGAAGACUAUUGUUUCUUUUCUUUUUCUUCUUUCUUUCUUU